AAGCGAGGCCGCGCUUGCGAAGCAUGCUCUCGUAUCAAAAUCCGAUGCGAACUGGGCGCUACGCCAGAUGCGAUUCCUCCCUGCGAGCGUUGUAUACGACUGAACAAGAACUGCAUUCUAUCGGCACCGAAGCGACAGAAAGAUCGUGUAAUGGAACUGGAAGCUCAAGUGGAGGCUCUCACCGCUCUCCUCCAGGCUCAAGGCAUACAAGACCCGGCAUCGCUGGCUGAAGAUUUGACGGCCCACACGCCAACAGAUCUGGAACCAAUGACUUUGGAUUUACUGGAUGCAAACAUAACUUAUGACGGCCAACAGCAGUUGUUGGAUCGAUACAUCGAAGAACAAGUACCUGCGCUGCCCUUGAUCCCCCUUCCUAGCGAUACUACAUUGGACUGGCUUCGCGCCGAGAAGCCCAUGCUUCUAUAUGCCGUCGUAUAUGCUGCUGGUCCGGGAAUGCUGGAUGUUGACGUACAGGAACGGGUUGCGCUCCCGCUGCUUGAUCGCAUGGCUAGGUAUCGAGCACGAGAGGACUCGGGCGGAGCGUCUGCAUCGGUUGUGAUGGAAGCACUAUUAUCCAUGCAGAUCGCAAGCCUGUGGUACCGAUCACCGAAAAGGCAUGUCGACCCACUCAAUGUAUUCAGGUUGCUUGAGAGCGCAUCUGAAUUCGCCUCUCGGCUUGGCGGCGAAGACAUGGCGACCCAGUCUAUUGACGGCAUAGACUCGAGUGAUAUAUGGAGGUCCCGGCUCGUAUCAUAUCUGCUCGGAUCCGCAAUGGCGAUUUUUGGGCGGAAGAAAAGUGCUAUUGAAUGGACACACAAUCACAAUUUGUGUCUCGUGCAAUUACAGUACUCACCUUUAUCAAAGCCGAGUGACCCUUGGCUCAGCCAAUUGGUCCGAGCAGAGAGACUGUGUGACCAGGUUGCGGAGCAAAUGGACCUGUUCAAACCUGAAGUCUACACUGAUCUCACAGAGCCUGCGAUGAAGCUGAGAGUCCAAAAUUGCCGCAGCAAGAUCUUGAAUUGGCGCAUGACAGUCCCACGAUCACUUCGCACGCCGACGUUACUGUUCUGGGAGCAUAUGGCAACGGUACUGAUGCAUGAGCCUGUGCUGUAUACGCCGUCGAACGGGAGAACCUGGACUGCGCCAUACCUGAGCGAGACGUUCUCAGUCACUGACUUUCCGGCUCCAUCAACCGUGACCGAAGAACAUAUCACAGCGAUCUUCGAAUUGACAACAGCAGCUCAGGGUAUGCUGGAAAUCAUCCUCGCCUUUGACACGAGGACCCUUCUAGCCCUUCCAGGCUUGUUGUUUACACCCAGGGCAGCUUACGCGCUUUCCAUACUUGCAAAGCUGUACAUCGCCGUCUCAGCGCCAGGCUCUACCCUCGGCGUUACAAUCGAUGGCAGUAUGCUACUGGUCGGCGAAUAUGCCGACAAGAUGAUCGCAGCUGGGAAAGCAUGCCGUGAUAUCGACGAGAGAUGCGUGCCGGCCAGAAUCAUGUUUGCUGCAAUUAGCAUCAAAGAGUGGUACCUGAACUUCUCAGGCAUUCUG